AUGCAGUUCCUGGACUAUGUGUCCCUUUUCUGCCUUUUCGCCGAUGUCGCUUUUGGUGGCUCUCUGAUUAUCAUCAACAACCACGACCAAUGCAUGGUGUGGUCAGAGAGUAACUAUGGGUGCACAGGUUAUUCGUCCCCUUUCGCUCGUCUCGAUGGGAGAGAUUGUUCAAGCUUCAAUGUAAAUGGUACCCACAUCAAUAACGAGACGCUGAAGCUCGAUAUAUGUGGCACAAUAGACGGGCGGCAAGUGGCAUGGGUCAACGUUACGAAGGAUGGCACCGUUUCUUUCCUAAAUCAACAAGGAACCAUCGGCACUUGCUCCCUGGAUGACGAUUUUAACGUGGGUAGCAAGUGCAGUGUUACGGAAACCGGUCCGUCGUAUAGCGCAACCGCACUUCCCGUCUCGCGGCAAACAUCUGCUACGACAUCCAUCACCAGCCAGCCUGGAGCUUCUUCGUCGGAAAGGGGAGUGUCAUCAACUUUAAUUGAAGGCUCCACUUCGACUUCACUCAUCAGCCUAUCCGAAGCUUCCAGUUCGGCAGAGCUCGUG